UGUCAGUGGCCGGACCAGGGCAGCUGAACGUGGAGGAAUACCCAUCUUGGGGUUCACGAAGCGUCGACUGCUUCGAGAAGUUGGAGCAGAUCGGCGAAGGCACUUAUGGUCAAGUUUAUAUGGCUAGAGAAAUCAGAACUGGAGAAAUUGUUGCCUUGAAGAAGAUACGCAUGGACAAUGAAAAAGAAGGGUUUCCUAUAACAGCUAUUCGGGAAAUUAAAAUUCUGAAGAAGCUUCAUCAUGAAAAUGUUAUUAAGCUGAAAGAGAUUGUGACAUCUCCAGGUCCCGAGACAGAUGAGCAAGGAAAUCAAGAUGGUAAUAAGUUUAAGGGAGGCAUCUACAUGGUUUUUGAGUACAUGGACCAUGACUUGACUGGCCUUGCUGAUCGUCCUGGGCUGAGAUUUACAGUUCCCCAGAUCAAGUGUUAUAUGAAGCAGUUAUUGACUGGGCUUCAUUACUGUCAUGUUAAUCAAGUGCUUCAUCGGGACAUCAAAGGUUCUAAUCUUUUGAUAGAUAAUGAGGGAAAUUUGAAGCUAGCAGACUUUGGUCUUGCACGAUCAUUUUCUACUGACCACACUGGGAAUCUUACAAAUCGUGUUAUUACUUUGUGGUACAGGCCACCAGAGUUGCUGCUAGGAGCCACGAAGUAUGGCCCGGCUGUUGACAUGUGGUCUGUUGGUUGCAUCUUUGCUGAGCUUUUGAAUGGGAAACCAAUCUUACCUGGGAAAAAUGAGCCUGAGCAAUUGAACAAGAUAUUUGAGCUUUGUGGAUCGCCUGAUGAGAUCAACUGGCCUGGUUGUUCUAAGAUGCCUUGGUAUAAUAAUUUCAAGCCAUCAAGGCCCAUGAAGAGACGUAUAAGAGAGGUUUUUAGACAUUUUGACCGCCAUGCUCUAGAUUUGCUGGACAGCAUGUUAACUCUUAAUCCAGAAAAGAGAAUAUCUGCCCAGGAUGCACUGGUUGCAGAGUAUUUCUGGAAUGAUCCUUUACCUUGCGAUCCCAAGAGCCUGCCCAAGUAUGAAUCAUCACACGAGUUCCAGACAAAGAAAAAAAGGCAGCAGCAACGACAAAAUGAAGAAACAGCAAAGAGGCAGAAACUGCAGCACCCGCAGCAGCAUACGCGUCUGCCUCCCAUUCAACAUAGUGGGCAAUCUCAUCCUUCUCAUUGGCAUGGGCCUAGUCAUCCUGUCAACAAUACGCAGCCUCCAGUGUCUGCCGGACCUAGUCAUCACCAAUACGGAAGGCCUCGCGGUCCUCCCGGAGGUCCAAAUAGGUAUCCUCCAAGUGCAAACCAGAGUGGGGGGUAUAACCAAAAUCGUGGGACCCAAGUUGGAACCUACAAUAGUGGGCCAUAUCCAGCACAAGGGCGGGGUGGACCACCAUAUGCUGGGAGCAGUAUGCCUGCUCCGGGUCAAAGAGGAGCUGCUAGUGGUUAUGGAGUUGGCCCCCCAAAUUACUCCCAAAGUGGUCAGUUUGGCGGCUCUGCUGGUGGUAGAGCUCCGAACCCUUUGGGCGGGAAUCGAAAUCAACAAUAUGGUUGGCAGCAAUGAUAAAUUGAGAACCAAUACUUUGGUUGAAUAAUUACGAUGUGGAAGAGAGACACAAAUGAAAUGGGAGUGAAUAUGGCAUCGGCUUAUAAUUGUAAUUUGGAAUUAUGCAAAUCAGACCUUGGAGACGGGUUUCUACACGUUUCGGUCAUUAUUUCCCAAGCUUAAAUACUGUAUAUACUUUUUUCUAGGGAGCUUUUUCUAUGCCCUUGUUUCAUUUUGGCAUGAAGAAGUUGUAAUGCCCGUGUAAGAAGUAGAAAAUCAAAUUUGUAUGACUUAUAAUUUCUAUCAAUGGGUGUUUCAUCA